AUGGAGGAGGAAAUACAGAGAAAGCCCAGAGGAAGAAAUCCAGAGCUGACAGUUGCGCAGCUGGAGCAGCUGGACACAUACUUCUACAAGCACGACAUAAAACUGACAAAGAAGAAUCUAAAAAUUGUAUCAAAGGCUUUAAACAUACCACACAAAAGAAUAGUGGAGUAUGUGAACCACCGGCAGAAGGAAACCCGUGAAAACACGCACGAGGAGUACAUGAAGAUGAUGCUAAGCCUGGGGGAAAUAAACGUGCAGAUAAAAGAUAUUUGGAGCAGAUUUGACAGCCAUUACAAGUAG